ACGGAUUCUUUUUGAGACUGUUAUUCAGUUUCACUGUUGGCCGUUGCGCGGACAUACCUGACUUAGAAACUCGUGGUACCACGACUGCCAAUAUUUUGGUUUUAUUUUAUUUUUAAGUAUGAUUUUAUAGUCAUAUUCUUUUUUUUAAGAGUUUUGGUGAUAUUUGGUGAACAUUUUGGUUUUGUGACUAUUGGAGAUUAUAUUGAUUGUACUACUUACUGGUGACUUAAAUGUCUUCGAUGUUGUAGUUCGAGAGUUCGUGUGAGAGCGGCGAAAAAUACAACGUUUCGUGCCCGUAUCGAGUGGUUUAUUUUACAUAUCGUUCGUGGUCAGACUGGAUAACACAAUGAUUAAAUAAUAAAUAGUUUGUCAAAUAAGUUUGGAGCUGCCACGGAUGAUAUUGGACGAAGUUUAAUUUAUUCGUGUGAAGAAACUCUAUCGACAUUUUAAGUCUUAACAGAUCUAAGCAAGUGUAAAGUGAGAGAAUGCGCUCAUUGGAAAUGACGGCUCCUUGGCAAGACGAAGAAGAAGACGUCGAAGUAGAAGUCGAAAUGGAACUAAAACACAAUUCAAAUUUAAAUGGAAGAGCAGAUGAUCUCACAGAAUCAAGUAGUGAUGAAACGACGGGGAAGAAACGGCGGAAGCACGGAGGUAGUGUAUCUAGUGGCAGCGCAUCGAGCACGACAGCCCCCUACAGGCGACGGAAAACCUGCAUAAGUGCGAGAGAGAGAAAUUUAAGAAGACUGGAAAGCAACGAGAGAGAAAGAAUGAGAAUGCAUUCGCUUAAUGAUGCUUUUGAGCAACUUAGAGAAGUAAUACCACAUAUAAAAAUGGAGAGGAAGUUAUCCAAAAUAGAAACACUAACUUUAGCAAAAAAUUACAUCAUGGCAUUAACGAACGUUAUAUGUGAAAUGAGAGGGGAGGAAAAACAUUACACCUUCCAAGAUGCAGAAAGCGAUACAAAUAUAGAAGUAGAACCGUCAGAGGAAACCAACAAUAACAGUAUGUACCAGCAAAACCUAGAAACGUUUGCCGAAGAUACCAUGGUGAAUUAAACAGUUACCACUUAGACAUAUUAAUUAAUUAAUUAAGAAAGUAGAUAGGUAAUAUCGCUCAUUUUUAAAAAAAGCGCUUAUAUGUUAAGUUGCCUUUAUAAAGGCCAAUAAGUUGUACGGUUUUUAAAAAACUGUUACUGAUUAAGUACGUUUCUUUAUAAAAAAAAGAAAGAAAAACGAUCGCAAGAACCAGGAAAACAGUUUAUACUAUUUUAUUUUUAAGUAUUCGCUUAGGAAUGCACGACUAAAGCAACCAAAUCGCAACGUUAUCCCGUUACUCAUAGCGAAAGCUUGAUUAAUAUGCGAAAAGCGUCUGGAAUUUUAAAAACUGGAGUCUCAUGAAUAUUGAAUCGAUACGGACGCCCACCAAAAGAUUUUAAUAGACUCUUAACUGAUUCCUGGCGUCUUACGAUCCUUCUUUUACAUUGGUUGUUAAAGAUAUUUUUUGUGCAUUAAUGUGUCAAUUGAAUUUUGUGGGUGCAGCUAACGAGACUUGUUAGCAUAAAAAGGAAGUUAAUUAGCUUUUGUUAUAAGAUUAUUUUGUUAAAACGCUUCAGAAAUGUAAGAGUGAGUUUCGUCGAAUGUUACCAAGAGAUACAGAAGAACGUGAUCAUGCAAAAUUUUAUGAAGAGAUUGUAAUAACAGAUUUGCUCACCAUUGGAAUAUUUAAAUGUAUUAAUCCGGUAACUUUUUUAUCCUUUCUGUGGUAAAUGAUUAUGUGACUGGCAUUAUUGCUUUGACAAGUAAACUCCUAUCAUUGACGCUUCUCUCUACCAAGAAAGCUUCACAUUUUUUUUCAAUAGUAAUUUAUCCCAAAACACUUGUGUGGUUAUUAAUGAAAACGAGAUCAUAACUUGUCUUAUUAAAAAUUCCUAUGUUAUCUAAAUUUAUAAUUUCUUAAGAAACAUCCACUGAACACUAACAUGUUGUAUAUAGAUUUCAGUAUUAAUUUGAACAAUGAAAUGAUGAGCCAAACAGUGUUACGUUUUCCACGUAGCAAAUUCUAUUGUAAGUUUCUUUACCACAAGUACUGUACAAAACAUUGAUUUCCAUUUUGCUUAAUAAGCACCUUUAAAAUAUCACUGUAAUAUGUCAAAUAAAACUUGAUAUACAAUAACGUUUAGUAAUCAAUAGGUUAAUACUUAGUUAUCCUUUAAAUCCAAUAUAGAGUCUAAGAGGAUAAACUUCUAGCUACUUUUAUCAGAAUUUGUACCCUGUAGUAACUAUUAUCUUACUGGUAUUGGCAAACCAUUCAUUCUUCCUCAUCCUCUAAAUUUCCCUAGAUUCUUAGGUGAAAAUAUAAGUGUCUCUAUCUUCGCCUCUCUCUUUCAUUAGAAUUUGGACCCUUAAUUCCUGUAAGAUAUUUGCAAUUUUUUAAUCUUAUUUUUUUCGUCCAAUUUUAUUUAUUUUAACUCGAGUAUACGUUAAAUACCAUCAAUGUCUCUAAGUCAUAACGAUUUCUAGAAUUAUUGCUAUUAAUCGAGUGUGAUGUGAUUCAUCGUGUUUGCUUAAUCAUGUCUCUAUGAGGUACAUGGAUUAGGGGAGACCGGGGACAAUUGAAACAAUUUCCAAAUAUUUAUUUUUUUCUCUUAGAGAAAAUCAUAUUUACAGCUAAAACGUUUUACAAGGACAUUUAUUAAUUCUUUAUAUAUUUUAAAUCAGGUUAUUUUACUUAUUGUAUAAUGCCUGUAAGAUAUUAAAGGAAACAUAUAGCCUUGUAUAUUGUUUCAAUGGUCCCGGAGACGGGGACAGUUUAAACACAUACCAGGGGCAGUCGAAACACCAUUAAAAAUAAACAAAAUAUUUAUUUUAUUACUGAAAUAACACUCAAUUUAGACAUACAAAGAAAAAACAUUGAUACAUAUAAUUUUUACACUUAAAUAAAACCAAAUUUUUUAUUCAAAAGUUUUAAACAACAUAAUUAUUAUCCUAAUGCUGAAAUAAAGAUAAAUUAGCAAAGUAGAAUGCAGUUAUGACAGAUAUACAAAUCUUCUUGACUAGUGCAUUCUACUGCUAUGUGACCAUUGGUGGCAAUCAAUGCAUUGCACCGAUUUUUCCCCUGAACGGCUAUUUCAAUACGAUUCCAAACAUACUAGACAAAAGCAGUGUUCAUUGUCACUGCUGCUAUCAUCCUGACUAUUCUGUUGACGAGUUUUUUUGUUAAAUGGCAUCUUUUUCUGGUGUGUCCGUAUAAAUGGUGGAUUUUCUACUUUUGCGUUUCCCUAAAGUUUUCCGAGGAAGAUCCUUUGGUAACGGCCUGAUUAGCUCACGUGAAAACACAUCCAAAGAGAGGUUAGAGGCUAACCGGACACUUGUAGAUGCAACUGGAGGCGGGGUGCUUGGUGGCUCUAACGAAACAGUUCCGCUCGUUGACGCUCUUAGAGAGUUAGACUAAUUUUGGAAAAGAAUGAGUACUGCUUAAAUCUUUAUUCUCUCUUGAACCUACUGCCUGGACUUCUUGGGGGAUAUUUAACUGCAAAUUUUCGGGAGCAGGUCUGUCAGUUACAUAUGAUGGAGCAAAAUCUAAAGCCGUAAAAAUAUUUCGAUUAAACGAUCAUAUCCAGCAACAAUAUUAGAUUGUGUUAAGACCAUAGAGAGACUCUGUUUAACGAUGCUGGGGAUGUCAUAAAUUGUCAUCGUUUUGCCUGGGUUGUUUCUCAUCCAAGAAUCGCAAGUUGAACUUACAGCUUUUUUAAAUGGACCAUAAAUCGAUCGAUCCAAAAGUUGUAGUUUAUGUGAACAGUGUGGGGGAAAUGAGAGAACAACAAUGCCGUUUUCUUUGCAAAAGUCCAAGCAUGGUAUGCUUACAUGAGAUUGAUGGUUAUCUAUUAAAAGCAAAACUUUAUUUUCAAUUGAACUGUUGGUAUGUUUUUGAAAGUGUCUUAACCCAUUAACGCCCAAAUGAUUUUUUUUCGUACCUCAUGAUUUUUAGUAUAUGCUUAUCUUUUGGCAUAAAAAUCAUUAUGUUAGUAAAAUUUUUUGUUUAUUUUUUAAAUUUUUGAACUAAGAGCUGUCCUCAUUUAAGGACACUGGGCGUGGCUGUGUUUAAAUAAGUUAAGAUUUUUUAAUCCUUUUUUUUAUUUAUUUAUUAUUUUAGUGGUACAAAAAUACUUAAAAGAUAAGGUUUUAAAUACAAAAUUAAUUUUUCAUGUGAAAUUGUUCAAAACAAUCAAACAAACAGAGAGUCACAUUUACAACAGCCAUAUCUAUCAUUCGUGUAAAUAGACACCAAUAGCAUUUUUUGCCUCUGACAGAUAUAUGAUGUUUCUCUAACAACCAAUCAUGCUGAUCCACACCACCCAUAUAUUUACUAUGAUUUGCGAUGUAUGAUGGUUUGGGGACUGAAGUUCGCUUUUUUUCCUUUUUAUCCCAUCGUUGAACUUGGGUGGUUGGAUGCAUAGUGUCAUAAUUAGUACCUACCGAAACACAUUUGCUGUCAUUCCAUUUGCAAUUAAGUAUUUCAUUAUCUUUAUAAAAAUACCAAUCGUAUGACCCACGAGGUUCUUUUUCUAAAUCCUUAGACGGUUUUGUAGGACACUUUGCUGUUCUAUUUUCUCGCACCGUACCCUUAGCUCCAUAUCCCAUAUCUUUCAACGGACAAAGAAGAGCAUAAAGGAAGAGGUAAACAAAUUGUCAAAAUAUACCAGAUGUUUGUUUGGUUCUUCCACAAUGCUCAACAUAUUCAAAACAACGCGGGAACCCAACGGGGUAUUUGUUUCUUUCCUUGUCUUACCACAAUAAAGGUCAAAAUUGUAACAAUAACCAUUAUCACCACACAGAGCCUAUAGCUUGAAACCAAAUCGAAUUGGUUUUGCUCUUAUAAGCUGCUUCAAUGAGUUAUGUCCAUAAUACUUGACUAUCGUUUCAUCAACUCAGCCAAUUGUUGAUAAAACAUCCCCUAUUGUUGAAAUCGUAAGUUUAGAAGAUCUAAUAAAGGCCUUAUUUUAAAUGCUUUGUCUUGCUUUUUAUUAUUUGCCUCCGCAUUAUUUUUGAAGUGAAUUAGAGACUUUAUUUCCAAGUACGUAUUGCGGCUGAAGGGAUUUUUUACAACUGGAAUCCCUAAAUCUUCCGUUUCACACCAGUAAUCCCUUUCACUAGAUAGUGGGUGGUUGCCAGUAAAAAUAAGAAAUCUAAUAAAUAUUUUGAUUUCCUCAACUGUUUGAUUUCCUCAACUGUUCCUCAACGUUUCAGUCAGAAUAUGAUCGAAUACUUGUUCAUCAAAAAACGUUUCAAAAAUUUGUAAUAUGGGGUAAACUCACGAAGUUGUUCUUUUAUAUUUUCAAAUAACUCUUUUGGAUCACUUCUUUUAUUAUGCUCAUAUUGCGGAUCCGAUUUGCUCCACUUAGGAACAAAGGAUUUUUUGUUAUCAACUUUUUUCUUUUUGGCUAACGAAGCAAGUGGUAGGUUAUCUUCUUCGUCAGACGAAGAAAGUGAAUUUUCUUGGGUAAAAGUCUCUUCCUCAACAAAAAUUUCAGCUCCACCAGGAAUAUCCGCAACAUUCGCUUGCAGACCCAUAUCGUCAUCAUCGAUAUGGUCCUCAUCAGUAAGUUCAUCUACUUCAGGAGGUAUAGCAGCUAUGUCGGCAUCUAUUUGUUCCGAAUAUAGAUAAUCAACAGCAUCUGCCAGGUGACGAAAAUAUUGUCGACUCAUCCUAAAACCAAAAUCAUGUAUAAAACAUCUAUUUACCUUUACUUCCUAUAAUUUUUUUGUAAAAACUACUAUUCUAAAAAAAUUUUUAAUAUUGUCAUAUAAUAAAAAAUAUUUAAAUUUUAUUGAGACUAUACAUAUUACCAAGUAAAUAAAAUACAUAAGAUAUAAACUUACCUUUUAAAGAAAAAUAUUUCCACGUAAAAAUGUAAAUAGGGAUUAUAGAAAACUAAACCUGCAGUUUUUGGCGUCAAUAAAAAUAUAGUGACGUAUGAAGGGAAAUGCGACACACGUGCUCCUGCCUACUAGAAGACCGAUACUAAGCCGCCGCAUCGUCUAGGACACAAUUAAUUGCCACGCACAUUUUUUAUCCCCACCUAUACGCGCCGUCCUCAAAUGAUGACACUGGGCGCUAAUGGGUUAAGUAUAGCAAGAAUUCAUCUUCUUGCAUCCAUCCACUAGCAUUUCCUGCUCCAAUGCAUCCAGGUGGACCGUCACGAACGAAAUGAUCCUGAUAUCUUAAUCUUGGAAAGAUAAAGAUUGGUGGGAUACUAUUUCCAAUUGCAUUUAACGCUAUGCCACGUUCUCCUGAUGUAAGUGCCCCUACCUAUUUGCGUCCCUUUUCUGCUACGAUUUUAGCAAGUUUUUGUACCGUCGUAACACCGGUUUCGUCUAUAUUAUAAAUGUCCUUCGCUUGGAAUUUAUAUCUGUUCAUUACCGUGGCAAGAUUGUCCAAGAAAAGUUGUACAUUUGUUGGGUUAAAACUGGUCGCUCUUGAAUGGCUUGUAGCCUGGGGACAACGGAUUGAUAGUUCAGGAUUACGUUUCAUAAACCCGGAAAACCAAUCUUCUUCUGCCAAUGAGUUUUUAGUCCAGUUUUUGUAUUUCUUUUGGCGAUAGACCGUAAAAUAUUUGAGAUGCCUUUAUUAUGUAUUUAACAAUGGAUUUUUCCUGCUCAACGUUAAAUACUCGUCGUACGCACCUAUAUCCCAUUGUUUCAGUGGAUCCUUGUUUAAAACAUUCUUUCUUUUUCUUAAUAAAUCUGCCUAAUGUAACAUGAUUCAGUUCAAACAAAUCUGCCGCAGACCUUACGGAUGCUCCAUUUUCAUUAACCUCCCUACACGCAUUUUCGUAAACCAAGUUGGAUUUGGUACCUCUAUUUGUUUUCCUGACCCUUUCACGUGGCAUUCUAUAACAAAAUAAUAGCCCUCAGAGAGUUUGUUACAAUCAGUUAAUUCUAUAAAUUAUGUUUCAACCGUCCCCGUAAAAUUAUUUACAUCUUGUUUCAAUUGUCCCCUUCAGGUUUUUUUUGGCAAAAUUCUUUAAACUCUUUAAUUAAAACUAACAAGUUUAGGCUGCUAAACCUAAGCAAAAACAUUAAAAAAAAAUGAUUAAAAACAAAAAAGUGGUAUACUUACACUUAAACCUCUUGUUUCCACAAUUUUUAGAUGAAACGUAAAAAUUACUUUGUUGACAUAAAAUAAGAGAGCCGAGCGCAAACACACCCACUUUGCUCAACUGCUAGUUUCACACUGUCGAGCAGAAAUGUGGAAUUAGUCAAACGUUGUGAGGCUGCGUACACGAGCCUUUACCUUCGCGUCUAAAAAAAUGGCGACUGUUUCCCCGUUGAAACCGUCCCCGGUCACCUCUAGUUUUUUUCAAUAUUUACACAUUACAUGAGUUCUGUCAUGAAAAAUUGAAAGAAAAUCCUUCUCUUACAUAUAUUUAACGUUUAGUGGUUUUAGACCAUGGCUAUAGCCAAAUAAAAUCAAUUGGGUAAUCUCUUAAGCCGUUUCAAGAAAUGUAAGUUUCUUUAACUACUAUUUACAUACUAACUUUUCGUUAUGUAUCUUCUUUCAACCACUUUUUUCCAGAUCCAUCAAGAAUAUCCUUUAUUAAAAAUAAUGUAAAUUAAUAGAACAUCUUUUAAAUAUUUUCAAGAGGCUCAUCAUUUAUUAUUCAAUUUUAUUAUUUACUUUACGUUAUUGCUAUGUAGAGGAAAAUCUUUCAUCUCUCAUGUUUCUUUAGCCUCUUCUUUUGGGAUUCUCAUGGCACCUUCAUUAGAGCUUAAUGUUUUUAGGUACGAAAUACAAAGUAAGUGAUUUGGAGAAUCCAAUAUAAAUCAAUCGUAUAUUUAUUAAUUAAUCAACAAGCAAAUAUGGUCUCACAUAAUCAUGUACAACGUGUGUGACUAUCAUGUAUUAGAAAACCUUUCAUCCUUCUUUUCUUUCUUCGACAUCUUCUUUCUACAUCCCUCUGGGACUUACAUUAGUAUACAUUGUUAACAUCAAUGUUUUAAAGACCUUCAAUUGGAUUCAAAAAGAUGUUAAAAUUUCUGAAAAUGUUUAUAUAAAAUGGAAAGAAAAAAACUCUGCUCUUCCAAGGGCCUUUCAUAGAUCAUUUACUGAUCUUUAUAACGUUAAAAGACAAUCCUUAAAGGUUUAUCACCUAAAUGUUAUUCACUGAUUUAUUUUUUGUUCACCUAUCUUCUUCCCUAUGAGCACUAUUUUUACAGCAAUUUAAAUAAUCAUUUACCACGAAUUUUAUUGGAAAAUAUUUUAAAUUAAAACAGUUUUAUAUAAAAAUUAACUAACUUCUAUAUAAGCUGUAAAAUUUGGGUUGUUUAAGAAAGGCAGCACUAAACAUUUAUAUGACAAAGAGACCUAAGAAAAAAAAUCAUUAUUCCAUCGAAAAGCUCGCAUUAUAUACAUAAUACAUUCCAAGCUAAAUAUACUUAACUUAUUUAUAUAUGACACCAUUCCAUUUAGUCGUAGGAAUAUAAAGUAAUUUGUAGAUAGGUCAAUUUAAACAAUUAGGUGUCGCUCUUGUAUGUUUAGCAGAAAACCGCCAAUUUUUAUAUUUUAAAGAGUAUACGUGUAUGUUUAUGUAUAUGCAUUUUUGAUAAGCAGGGUAAACUGUAUUUAAAAUAAAUUAGAAUGUAGGCUACAUAUUUUUUUGGCCAAUUAAGAAUAUCUAGAGUAACUGUUAGCUUUUUCAUCUUUAUUUUGAGUUAUUCUGUAUAUAGUCUAAUUAAUCUUCUACACUACGAGAUUAUUAGAGGUAAAGGAAAAUUUGCUUAUGAUCUCAUAUGUAUAUAAAGGGUAUCUGACAUUACGUCUGGUCACGCCCAAGUCGAUUUAGUUGCACAUUUUAAAUGAUUCUAGGUUUUAUUAAAAUUCUUUUGUAAUUACUGUAAUAAACAAAUCCACUUAAAUUUUAAUAACUGUUUCAACCUCUUUUUUUUUAAAUUUUGAAUUGAAAUUGUUCAAUACUCCGUUCUUUUCAGAAAAUUUAUUUUAUAUAGGGCAUCUCAUUAUUUACUAAGUUCUUACUAUGUAAAUUUACCAACUUCACUUCUAAUUUUGCCAUUUUUGUAUUUUUAAGAAUAAAAAAAGUUAUGAUUAGUGCAGACCUAAUUUCAGCAACCCUAUAUAUACGAAAAAAUACCUUAAUGUCAUCGUAAUAAAUUGAAAUCUAUAAAUUCAUAUAUAUAUUUAUCAUGUCAAAAUUCUCAAAGUGACGAAAUAUUUAUACCUUAAUGUUAAAAGAUAUUUUUUUAAAUAUUUGGCUCUCUAAAAAAUUACUAAACAAAUAUAAAUCAAAAAAUGUUUAGAUCUAAGUGCAAACUAAGGGAUUCAAGUAGUCCUUAAGAGUUUUCUUUUUAUGUAUUUCUUUAUACAAUACCUUGCCAAUUUUCAAAUUUCAAAUCUAUUUUUGAAAUGUUUUUAUCAAAUCUACCUUAAGAUAAUAAGUAAAUCAAUUUUGAGCAUUUUGAAUAUCAGGGAAAGAAAAACCAUUUUAAUAUUUUCGAAAUUUAUGUGCUUCUUAAUAUGUUUAAUUUAGAUAUUUAUUUACGUUUAAUCCAAACAGUUUACUGACGAGAUUAUCAAAAAAUUGCCCGCGUUACAGCCCAAACUUGUAUAUAAAACGGGCUAUGUACAGGGCGAUUUUUACCUCUAGAGCUUAAGUAAAUAGUUACAAGUUAUUAACGAAACAUAUGUUGUGAAGUUACCUGAACUAUGUAUAACAGUAGAGGAUGGAGUAAUGUGGGAAUACUCGACUUUGGUUGUCUUAAACAGCUUCUGGUUGAAAAAUAUACUUAAAGGUAUAACUUCCACAAAAAGAGUAUUAUAUAAUAGAUUGUAAAACUCAUGUUCACGUUCCAACGCUUGUUAUACCUUAGUAUAUUAGGCAGUCACUACCCAUUAUGACUUCUACAUGAGGUUCCAAAACAAAAAAUGUGAUAGUAGAAAGAACUUUGACAAAGUUUUUUUAGUUAAUUAAUCAUAUAAAGUAUAUUAUAUAUAUUUUAUGACGUGUCUAUUGAAAUUUAAGCAUCGUAUUCUUAUAUUUAAUAUAUUAUCGUGUUAAGAAAAGUAUAUACAACUAUAUAUAAUAAUCGCCAGAAAAUUAUAAAAAUUUAUGUAUAUGUACUAUAUUCAGUUGACAAUGUGUUGUAAGAUUGCCUAAGUAAAUAAAUAUUAUGUGACAUAUUGUUUAUAGCAAAGCAUAA